AUGCCACAGCUCUCGAAGCUGACGGCGCUGUCAGGCUCACGAUAUAUACCGUCCCUACAAUCCUUCCGCUGCUUCUCUGUCCUCAAUCGGCCGUCGCCCAACUACGAGGGUCACAUACCAUUGACCCGCACUGAAAGAUUGGGCCUCGCAUUUGGCUCAGGGCUGUUGAGCUUUCUAGAUCCGCGACGGGGUGACCUAAUCGCAUCCUUCGGCGAGGCCACCGCACAGCCAUACUUCAUAUACAAGCUCCGCGACCGCAUGCUUCUGAACCCCACGGGUCGACGAAUACUGCGCGAUAGACCGCGACUGACAUCCUCGUCCCUCGAUAUCCCACGUCUUCGCAAACUCCCACAGAAUACCCUAGGCUACGCAUAUGCCUUCUGGCUCGAUCGAGAGGGUGUAUCACCAGACACGCGAGCCGCGGUGAAAUACAUAGACGACGAAGAGUGCGCCUAUGUCAUGCAGCGGUACCGCGAAUGCCACGACUUCUACCACGCGCUAGUUGGGCUCCCAGUCUUCCGUGAGGGAGAGGUUGCCCUGAAAGCAUUCGAGUUUGCCAAUACAGGCCUGCCAAUGACCGGUCUAGCAGUGUUCAGCGCGUUCACGCUGAAGAAGGCUGAAUGGAGACGAUUCUGGGAUAUAUAUGGCCCAUGGGCGGCAAGAAACGGGGCACGCAGCGACGAUGUGAUCAACGUCUACUGGGAAGAGGAGCUUGAGACGGAUGUUGAUGCGCUAAGAACCAGGUUGGGGAUUGAGAAGCCGCCAGACCUCCGAGAAAUGCGCAAAGUGCAACGAGACGCGCAAAAGAAGGCAAAGGAGGCCAAAGAGAGCAUGGCACGGGCUGCCGUGUAA